CAAGCUCUGACCAGUCGGAGGGAGCGGAGGAAGCCACACAUCCACGUUCAGCUCCUCCCUUCUCACCCAUCCUCACCUUACUCUCGAAUGCUCACAGGCAGUUAGGCAGAAGUGCUCCCUGUGGUCCUGCCAGAGAUAAGUCUGUUGGGUUUAAGAAAAAAAAAACGAGGCAAAGUAACGGCCUUAAAAUUGUUGCCUUGAAGAAGCUGGGUGGAGAACUGUGAAAAGAUGAAUGGGCCAGUGGAUGGCUUGUGUGACAAUUCUCUAAGUGAAGAAGGAGACUUCAUGUUCACAUCAGAAUCUGUGGGAGAGGGACACCCAGACAAGAUCUGUGAUCAGAUCAGUGAUGCAGUGCUAGAUGCCCACCUGAAGCAGGACCCCAAUGCCAAGGUGGCCUGUGAGACAGUGUGUAAGACAGGCAUGGUGCUGCUAUGCGGGGAGAUCACCUCCAUGGCCACAGUGGACUACCAGCGAGUGGUGAGAGAGACCAUCAAACGCAUUGGCUAUGAUGACUCUGCCAAGGGCUUUGACUUCAAGACCUGCAAUGUGCUGGUGGCUUUGGAGCAGCAGUCCCCAGAUAUUGCCCAGGGUGUUCAUCUAGAUAGAAACGAAGAGGACGUUGGGGCUGGAGACCAGGGUUUGAUGUUCGGCUAUGCCACCGAUGAGACAGAAGAGUGCAUGCCCCUCACCAUCAUCCUUGCUCACAAACUCAACUCCCGGAUGGCAGACCUGCGACGCUCUGGGGUGCUGCCCUGGCUGAGGCCCGACUCAAAGACUCAGGUGACAGUUCAGUACAUGCAGAAGAAUGGCGGAGUCAUCCCCGUGCGCAUCCACACCAUUGUCAUCUCCGUCCAGCACAACGAGGACAUAACGCUGGAGGACAUGCGCAAGGCCCUGAAGGAGCAAGUGAUCAGGGCUGUGGUGCCGGCCAAGUACCUGGAUGAAGACACCAUUUACCACCUGCAGCCCAGCGGGCGGUUUGUCAUUGGAGGUCCCCAGGGGGAUGCAGGCGUCACUGGCCGUAAGAUUAUCGUGGACACCUAUGGCGGCUGGGGGGCACAUGGUGGUGGGGCCUUCUCCGGGAAGGACUAUACCAAGGUGGACCGCUCUGCGGCUUACGCUGCCCGCUGGGUGGCCAAGUCCCUGGUGAAAGCAGGGCUCUGCCGGAGAGUCCUUGUGCAGGUGUCUUAUGCCAUCGGGGUGGCCGCGCCACUGUCCAUUUCCAUCUUCACCUACGGAAGCUCUCAGAAGACAGAGAGAGAGCUGCUAGAUGUGGUUAACAAGAACUUUGACCUUCGGCCUGGGGUCAUUGUCAGGGAUUUGGAUUUGAAGAAGCCCAUCUACCAGAAGACUGCAUGCUACGGCCAUUUUGGAAGAAGCGAGUUCCCAUGGGAGGUUCCCAAAAAGCUUGUGUUUUAGAGUGAGAAGCUGAACCUAGCCUUGCCCCGGGGGCAUCUGGGCAGCCAUAGUCCUCUGCUCCAGGAUCCCAUCACUCAGCUCUUCCAGACCAAAGGCUGCUGACUGUGGUCAAGAGAGUGCCCGCCCCACCACCCCCACCCCACUGCUCCCUCCUGGGCAAGGCCUAGACCCUCUGAUUUAGCCCUACCCUGCCAUCAUCAUGAAUGGCAGGAAGCAGGCAGCUUCCUGGUGCUGAAGGUCUGAUCUCUUCGUGAGGAUAGUCACGAUGUUCCCGUACCUCUCCCUAAGACAAGAUGACGUUAAUUUAAUAGAAAACCUACCAGGAAUAAAUUCCCUCUACUCCCCCACAGCCUGGACCCAGACCAUAUCCCCCACCCCCUGGCAUGUGCUGAGGUCAGUGCAUCUCACAGAUCUCCAGCCAGACCCUUGAGUCAGGGCCUUCACAAAGAGCCUCCCAGGCCAGGCUUCUGGUCAGCAUAAGAACAGGGGCUGCCAUGGCCCAAGCACCCACAACGAGCAAAGGUCUGAGCUAACCACUGAUGCCAUUUCUUCUUCACUGCAACAUAAGGUGUUGCCUUGGUUAUCCCUGUUUAUAAAUGGGGAAAUGAAGCACAGACUGUGUAGGUAACUUUCACAAGGCCCCACAGCCACAUGUGUCAGGGCCUAGACAUGAAUCCAGGAGCUUUGUCCCAGGAGUCUGGACCCCUCUCGACUGCCCAGUCUUGUUCUAGAAACAGGACUGAGCAAUGACAAAUCAGAUUGAAACGAGGCUGUGGCCUCUGUCCUAAAGACCUGAAGUUGCUGAGAAUUAGGGGAUUGACUCACUGGCUCUUGGUGAGCCCUGAGCAAUGAUCUGAAAAUUUAGGACAGAACAAAGGACUGUUUAUUUGCCUCAUUUAUAUCAGAAGACAGUUCAGGGCGAGCUGGCUGGGCUGGAGCUUGGAAUUAAGAAGCAACCACAUAAUCCCAGCCACUAACCACUUAGGCACAUGAAGGGCAGAACCUCAUGUGAGGGCUGGGGUCUGUGAUUCAAGUCUGGUCCAGUUCCAUCUGGGCCUCCUGGAGUAGGAGAAGCAGCUCGUUCUAGCAUAGGUGGCCAGCCUCUGAAACUAGGCUCGAACUUCGAGUCCUUCAAAUCUUUCUCUCUCUCUGGCCCUUUCAUAGCCCUGCAAUCUCAGUGCUGUUAGAGUAAGUGGGUGAGCUCCUCAGAUCAUCCUGCCAGAGAAGCCAGUCCCAAGACCAAGAUAUCUAAUGUUCAGUGGUGACCUAGGGGGCAGGGCUUGAAUCCUAGUGAUGGACAAGUUGACUGAGAUGUCAUGGGAGAUUCUGCCUUUUCCAGGUGGCUUCUGGGUCUACUUCUGAGGGACUUGAAGUGUCCUCAGUGCAAUUGGGUCUUGGAAGCUGUAUGUUCGCCUGCCUUUCCAUCCAUGGCCACAUACUCUCCCUGUCCUCAGCCUGGGAAGCAUCUCUACUUUCUUCCCAGCCCCCAAGACCACAGGCUCAGGUAGGGGCCCCCAUGAGCCCCAGGAGAGCCCCAGGGACUGGACUUCUUUCCAGGGCACAUGGUGCUGAUUCUGGCUGUGACAGGCAGCCCUAGAUGCCUCACCUGGAAGCAGACCACAUGUUUCUGGGCUCUAGGCCUGAAACACAGAGACCCUUGGCCAUCUCUUUCCAUCAGUAGCUCCAGAGAAGAAAAAGCCCAGAUUACCAUAAAAUGCUAGAGCUUGUAUAUGACACAGGAAGCUCUAGUCUUUCCAGUUACCCAGAAAGUCUCUAGUUCUUUUCAGGAGAGAGAGGCACAACUUUGAAGGUGGCUGAGCUCCUCUAACUCAGGUUAUAUUCAAAGUGAAAAUCCCCAUUCCCCUAAAGAAAUAAGAUCUUUUUUUCUGUCAACAUUGUUUAUAUAGAGCCUUUAUUGGUUCUUGCUAGGACUGUGAAUAAAGACCCACAGAGCAA